UUGACGGAUAAAGUUGUGUUUAUUAAAACUGAAACGUUCAUAAUCUGAAACAGGACCAGUGGAAGUUUUGGAGUGUGAAGCGAAGGAUAAGUAAGCGUGUGAUAUCGGACAGAGGAUGAGGAGUGAACCUGGGCCAGUUCAGAUUGUGACCGUCAACAAGGAGAAACACUCCUUUGACCUGGACACAGAAGCGCUCAGUCGGAUUCUCUUGGUGCCUGAAGUUCGAGAUAAGCAUGUGGUCGUGGUGUCUGUCGCUGGUGCUUUCCGAAAGGGCAAAAGCUUCCUUUUGGACUUCUUGCUCCGAUACAUGUAUAGGAAGCCUGGUCAGGACUGGCUUGGGCAGGACAAUGAUCCGCUGACGGGUUUCUCCUGGAGAGGAGGAUCAGAACCAGAGACCACCGGCAUCCAGCUAUGGAGUGAAGUUUUUGUUGUGCAGAAGAAGGAUGGAAGUGAGGUUGCAGUGCUUUUAAUGGACACGCAAGGAGCGUUUGAUUCACAGUCCACAGUGAAAGAUUGUGCCACUAUCUUUGCCCUCAGCACCAUGACCAGUUCUGUCCAGAUUUAUAACCUGUCACAGAAUAUUCAGGAAGAUGAUCUACAGCAACUUCAGCUGUUUACAGAGUAUGGCCGACUUGCUAUGGAUGAAAUCUUUCUAAAGCCUUUCCAGUCGCUUAUGUUCUUGGUCAGAGACUGGAGCUUCCCUUAUGAGUACAAAUAUGGCUUCAAUGGGGGAAGCAGUUUCUUGGACAAACGUCUGCAAGUGAAGCAGUCUCAGCAUGAGGAGCUUCAGACAGUGAGAGAGCACAUUCACUCCUGUUUCACCUCAAUUUCCUGUUUUCUCUUACCACACCCUGGCCUGAAGGUGGCUACAAGCCCUACUUUCAAGGGACAGCUGUGUGAUGUGGCUCCUGAGUUUAAGGAAGGGUUGCGUGAACUCAUUCCCAACCUGCUGAAGACAGAUGAUCUGGCUGUAAAGGAGAUCAAUGGGAAUAAAGUAACCUGCAGAGGCCUGCUGGAGUACUUCAAGGCAUAUAUAAAGAUAUAUCAAGGAGAGGGCCUUCCACACCCUAAAUCAAUGCUUGAGGCGACAGCAGAGGCCAAUAACCUUGCAGCUGUGGCCUCCGCUAAAGACCAGUACUACAAGAAUAUGGAGAAGGUGUGUGGUGGAGAUCUGCCUUACGUGGCCCCCGACUCACUGGAGGAGAAGCACCGUUUCUUCCUGCAGGAAGCCCUUCACCUCUUCUCCAGCACUAAAAAGAUGGGCGGACGGGAUUUCUGCUACCGCUAUCAGGAGCAGUUGGAAAAAGAGCUGAAAGAGAUGUGGGAGAAUUUAAGCAAGCACAAUGAGUCCAAGAAUGUUUUCAGUGCUUUCCGGACACCUGCAGUGCUGUUCGUCCUGGUCUGCCUUCUGUAUGUGCUGUCAGGAGUUAUGUUCUUUAUUGGCCUGGAAACUAUUUCCUUUGCAUGUGACUGUAUAGUGGGUUUGGCCAUGAUCGCUAUGCUGACCUGGGCCUUCAUCCGUUACUCUGGCCAGUACAGAGAAGUAGGCACAGCCAUAGACCAGGCUGCUGGAGUCAUACUAGAGCAGGCCACAGAUGUGUUAAACAAGACAAGAAACCAGGGUCAAGUGGCUGCGCAGCAGAAGAAAAACAGAUAGCUUAUCAGUCAAAAUGAAGAUGCCAGACAAAAAAAAAAACAAUGUACAAACUGCACAGACGUGACCAAUAAUGAUACCAAAUAAUGCGCAUCUCCAAACAUAGCACUUAAAUCUUUACUUCUAAUCCAGGUUGACUGAUUGUCAAAAUAUCUUACAGCAGAUGUUUAAAUAUCGACAUAAAUAUGAAUAUUUGACCAAAUAUCACAAACCAGCGGUUGGCUCUUCAGGGACAGGUAAGGAUUUAGCACAAGGGCUAAACUCUCCACAGAGCUGCAUUAAGUUUACAGUUGUUCAUUCCAGUACAGCCAAAGACUUGUCCUCUGUAGCCGGUCAGGGUGGUGUAACUUUAGGAUUGCACUUCGUAGGCAUGUUAUCUGUUCUUUUUAGCCAGGAAUAUCUUUGCACAUGAACUGCCAUUACUUAAGGCUUAAGCUUGAUCUGCUGUUUAGUAUUAAAAGUGUAGCUACAUUAUUGUGAGAGCUUUGUUUUAUGAUCUCUGUACCAAACUGUGGCCUUCUAUCCAUUCCAUCUUUCCAUCUAUGUAUGAUUUCCAUUACAAGUCCUGUCAGUAACUUGUUUCCUUUUAUUCUGGGCUUUCAAAGUUUGUGGACUGGUCCUGUUACUGUACACGCUAUUUUAACUGCCGUCAUGUUGUUUGGGUGUUCAAAACCAUCCUGACUGUUUCUUAAAGUAGGACUAAAAGGAUUGAUAGAAAAGCCAAUCUCAACUAUUUAAUGUUGUCCUAAUGAAAGCUCAGCUAGUGCACUUUUCUGUGAUCAGGUUUAUAUUUGUAUAUCAUAUUAGAUAAUGCCAGAUUGUUGGAUUGAUCUGAGCACUGUUGCAUCUUAUUACUUUCCAUUUUAUGUCAUAUCACAUUCCUGUUCAUUCGUGUGUAUACCUGGAGAAUUUCCAGGCCUAUGAAAGCAUUUUAAAGACAAUAUGUUGUGUCUGUGUGGUGAUGUUAAUUGUUGCAUUCCUCUAGAGCCUCAGUUUUGGGAGCUUUGAUUGUGUUCUGGAUCUCUUCACAGUUUCAAGUUCAGUGGACCUGCCUAAUCUGAUAUACUAGGGGUUGCUUUCUGUCCCUGCAUAUCAUUUUACUGUUACACACACACACACUUUAUAUAUAUCUCCCCCCAAAAUAAAGCUACAAGUAUGCAAUGCA